AUGCCAUCAUCCACCAUCAACGCCCGCUGGCUGCGACAAGCCCGCCUCCUCUCCACCAAUUCCCGACCUUCAAACCCAACCACCGCAAUACAAACCAUGCACAUCCGAACCACCCCUCACCCACGAAGCAGACGCUUCCAAUCCACCAAACCACCCUCCCCUCCCAACCCAACCUCCGAGUCCCAAGCCCGCCAAACCCGCCGCUUCGACGCCAUCCUCACGCACACAAGCCGCUGGCUCCCCAAGCGUCUUCGGCCAUACCUUGAAAAACUGCGCUCGGCGCCGUUCUCGCACAUAGCCGCGUUUCUAAUACUACACGAAGUCACAGCGGCAGUCCCAUUGCUCGGACUAGCAUAUGGGUUUCACCGCGCAGACUGGGUGCCGACGGCAUGGGUGCUAGGGCCGUGGGCGGCGUGGGCGGAGGAGGGGCUGUCGCGGUAUAUGCGAUGGUUUAGGAAGAAAGGCUGGUUUGGGCUGGGGGACGAGGCGGAUGGGGGAAUAGAGGGUGAGGAGAAGUUGGAGAGGAGGUUAAAGGCGGAGAUGGAGAAGGAGAAGGAGAAGGGAAAGAGUGGGGGAAGUUGGUUUGGGUCUUGGAUGAGGCGGAAAGGUGAGGAUGGUGUUAAUGAUAUAUCUAUGAGUGAAGAGCAUAUGCAUGAAGCUGGGAAGGGCAAGAGUGCAAAGGCUUGGCGGAAGGUCAAGGAUACCGUCACAGUCGAGAAUACGGAAAAGGGAUACAAGAUUGGCAUACAAAUUGCCGCGGCCUACGCAAUAACAAAAGCCUUGCUAAUACCUAGGAUAGCAAUCAGCCUAUGGGCGACCCCUUGGUUAGCUAGGGGGUUUGUAACCGCGAGGCGCUCCUUGUGGAAAAGGCGUAGCUAA